CAGCGCACACGUCAACACAAGUCGAGUGACCAAGCAAGGACGUCCAACAUCCCUUUAGAAAUCAACCAAUCUUGUCUAAUAUGGAGAAUAAUAUAGAGGAGACCCCAAUGUUUGAUCCCAAGUUAUUGGAGAAACUCAAAGCAGAUUUUGAAAGUAUUUCAAAAGUAUCCUUCAAGCCACCCAUCAGUCCUGCCAAUCCAGGAAAUGAUUUGCUGAUGAGGCCACUUCAAAUAGGAGACUAUGAUAAAGGGUACCUGCAACUGCUUUCACAGCUAACAACUGUUGGCGAUGUGCCAAGGAAGCUCUUUGAAGAACAAUUCCAUGCCUACAAAGCCUGUCCAAACUCUUACUACAUCAUUGUGAUAGAAGACACAAGCUGUAGUCAGGUGGUGGCUACAGGAACGUUAGGAAUAGACUUCAAGUUUACUCAUAUGUGUUCAAAGAAAGGGAAGUUGGAUGAAGUAGUGGUGAAAGAGGAAUACAGGGGAAAGCAGCUAGGAAAAUUGAUGGUGGAAACCCUGACAUUACUUAGUCAACAAGUCGGCUGCUACAAAACAACUCUAGAGUGCAAGACAGAUAAUAUACCAUUCUACACAAAGUUUGGCUACAAGCAGGACCCUGAGAAUUACAUGACCUAUCGUCAUGAACAUUGCUCGUUGAAUAAGGAGGAGGAGAUUAACAGUUGAUGGCUGCUACAAGACAACUCUAGAGUGCAAGACAGAUUAUAUACCAUUCUACACAAAGUUUGGCUACAAGCAGGACCCUGAGAAUUACAUGACCUAUCGCCAUGAACAUUGCUCGUUGAAUAAGAAGGAGGAGAUUAACAGCUGAUGGCUGCUACAAGACAACUCUAAAGUGCACCACAGAUAAUAUACCAUCCUACACAAAAUUUGGCAACAAGAAGGACCCUGAGAAUUACAUGAGCUAUUGUCAUACACAUUGCUCGUUGAGUAAGGAGGAGGACAUUAACUGCUGACAUCUUUACUUGUCUGAAUCAUGAGUGAAAUCAAGUCAGAUGUCUUCAUAAUAUACCUCGCAGAAUCCUUAACACAUUUAUAUGUUAAUAA